AUGAACAGCGAAUACGACUAUUUGUUCAAGCUGCUUUUGAUCGGGGACUCAGGUGUCGGGAAAUCGUGUCUGCUGUUGCGGUUUUCGGACGACACGUACACGAACGACUACAUCUCGACGAUCGGGGUGGACUUUAAGAUCAAGACGGUGGAGCUGGACGGCAAGACGGUGAAGUUGCAGAUCUGGGACACGGCGGGCCAGGAGCGGUUCCGGACGAUCACGUCGUCGUACUACCGGGGCGCGCACGGGAUUAUCAUUGUGUAUGACGUGACAGACCAGGACUCGUUCAACGAUGUGAAGAUGUGGUUGCAAGAGAUCGACCGGUACGCGACGGCUGGCGUGCUCAAGUUGCUGGUGGGCAACAAGAGCGACCUGCAGGACAAGCGGGUGGUGGAGUACGACGUGGCGAAGGAGUUUGCGGAGUCGCUGCAGAUUCCGUUCUUGGAGACGAGUGCGCUGGACUCCUCCAACGUGGAGGAGGCGUUUUUGACGAUGGCGCGCCAGAUCAAGGAGAGCAUGGCGCAACAGCACAAGGACACGGGCAAGAAGGACGACAAGGCGGGCGUGAACUUGAAGGGCCAGAGCCUGUCGAACACGUCGAGCGGGUGCUGUUGA